CGCGACUUCACCUUCUUUCUCCCCAUGCCCCUUCUAGGACGAGGAGUAAGACAGUCGCCACGUCACGUGUCCGAGAAGCACGCAGACAGCAUCCUCUCUCUCUCUCUCGAUCACCCAAUAGAAGAAACAGUCUUGUGCCUUCGCCCUCAGCAUCAGACAGCUCCGUGUCCGCCACCACCGUGACUUUCUCCUCAGGCCGCGGCACCGUCCCUCGAGGCCUCUCUUCUUGUCUCUCUGCUACAAGGAAUACUCCGAACCAUGGACGUCGAUCCUCGACAAUUCGAUCAAGUCGUCGUAAAUGAUGAUGACCUCCACAGCGUUGUCCUAUCAUACCUCGUCCACAAUUGCUACAAAGAAACUGUGGAGUCUUUCACUUCUUGUACUGAGAUGAAGCGGCCUGCCGAUUGCCUCGAGGACAUGGAGAAAAGAAAAAGGAUCUUUCGUUUUGCUCUGGAGGGGAAUGCUCUUAAAGCUAUUGAAUUGACUCAAGAGCUGGCUCAAGAUCUGCUGGAGAAGAACCCCGAUUUGCACUUUGAUCUUCUGAGUCUUCACUUUGUUGAGCUUAUCUGCUCUAGAAAAUGCACAGAAGCUCUUGAAUUUGCUCAGUCUAAACUGGCUCCUUUCGGGAAGGUGCAAAAGUAUGUGGCAAAGCUUGAAGACUUUAUGGCUUUGCUUGCUUAUGAGGAGCCAGAAAAAUCCCCAAUGUUUCAUCUGCUUAGUUUGGAAUACCGGCAGCAUGUUACAGAUAGUUUGAAUCACGCAAUCCUAGAAAAUGCAAAUCUGCCAAGUUAUUCUGCAAUGGAAAGGCUUAUACAACAGGCAACUGUUGUCCGACAAUGUUUAAGCCAAGAACAAGGCAAGGAUGCCUUUUCGUCAUUUUCACUGAAAGAUUUUCUGAAAAGCUAAGCUGGAGUUGUUGUUUGGGCGCUUGCUAGUGAGGGCAAUUGAUUUUGUGUGCGUGUUUCAACAUACGGUUCGGGUGUAAAGUACUACACAGAAGCAAUUCCUGUCGCCAACUCGACUGAGGAAGGGGCAAAGCUAGCAAUCCUACAGAGGGGGUCGGUUUUUUCCCUACGUUUGUGAGUUGCUGCUCCUUUUACUUGGCUAGCUAUAUAGAAAAGCUUUCAAUUCAAUCCAACUGGAAGCAAAUCGGCCAUUCUCUUAGUUGGUGGUAGAAAUCAGAUGGAAGAAAGAACACUGAAGUUUGACAUAGUACAGCGACGCGUGAUGUCUCUGUUUUAGAUUUCCUAUUUAUUUGAAGGCAAGAUCCUAGCUUUCUUUUCCCAUUUUUUUCUUCUUUUCUGAUCAUCCAGUAUUGGUGGGGAAGCAGAGAGUAAGAUUAGAGGAGACCUGCCAAAUUACCAAUAAGAUACAUAUUACAUUUUUAUGGGUGGUAUGGUUGCAAAUUACGUUAUUUGUUCUGGAAAAACUUGAUUCUUUUUAUUCUUCUUCUUCUUCAUCUUAUUGGGAAAGAAUAUUACGUGUUGGAAAAAGAUUUUUGAGGUCAAGUUGAGCCAGUCCUUGUAUCAGAAUGGAUCUUUCUGGGAGUUCCAGUAUCAGCUGUACAACCAUUCUGAAUCGGCUUCUACAGCAUACCCGUCCUCGUUCCGAUGCCAACUGAAGAAGACAUGAGUGCUGUCCUUUAUUUCCAGCAUCCCAUGCCCAAUGCUCGCCUCUCGGAAGGCUGAAUAGUUGGGGAAGGCUAUGUAAACCUGCAAAGUUUCGAAGGAAGCAUCGAGUUCGAGGUUUAAUUGGACUUUCGGAUAUCGGGAUUGUCGAAAACAAGUUCUCCAUGAAGUGCGAUUUCAAUCUUUGUAAUUUUCAGAUUUUUCUAUGAAAACCGACAGGCUUCAAGUA